CGCGUCUGCGCAGUGCAGGCGGCGGGCCGCGCAGAGUGAGAAUCUCUUUUGUUCGGCUGAGGGGAGGGCCGUUGGCCGGGCCUGCGGUACGCCGCUUCAUCUGGACGACCGACUUGAGGCCACACGGCUGUUUGCUCCUCUGGGUGCUACUCCCUGGGACCGCCUGACGCAACGCGCAAGAAGCGCGACACCGAUUCCUCUCGGACUGUCGGGCGCUGCUACGAGGUGAAGAGGCGGGCUGGAAGCGGGAGGGGGAGCGACGGCGGGAGGCCGCGGGCGAGCGCGGGCCGCUAACGGAAGAGUGGAGACAGGAGCUGGGGACGCGGCCCAGCGCCCGACCGGUCGGUUUCCCGCGCAGAGCUCGCGGUCUGCGGGAGCGUGGAGAGGGCGGGGCAGUGAAUCCAGAGUCCGGGCGCGGAGUGGUUCCUGAGGAGCGGAGCCAUCGGAGGGUUAGCUUUUCAAGAACUAGACGAGGAGCGUUUGACCCGGCUCAGCAACUCUGGAGUUGGGCGGGAGAAGGAAGAAAACUUUGGGACGUCCAUAAGGAGACAGGCUUGGUACUUUGGGUGUGCGUGGCAAGGAUCACGACUUCGUACACUAAAGGUUUAGAAGUGUAACCUGAGAGAGUGGACACGGUGGCAAUCGCGGGCAAUCCCCUUAGCACUUGGAGGAAAGAAAAAGAAACCUGAGGAUAUUGGGUUCAAUUGCCACUAUCAGAGAAAUUUCUCUUGCCAGAGUUAUGAAAAAGUAAUUUCCAGUAAAAUUGGACGUGGGCUGCUCCGGGUGUGCUAACGGGGAAGAGAUUUGUUGAACCUGUCUUGGGGUGAAGGGUCAGACAUUUUCUUGACCUUGUCUAAAAGUGGAGUUGCUGGGGUAAGUAGGGUAGAAGUCUAACGUGUCCAUGUCAAAUGUGGAAGAAAAAAGGGGUACUUGGGGGUGUGUAGCUUAGUUGGUAGAAUGUUUGCCUACCCUGCCGCAAACCCCUGGAUUCAAUCCCCAGUAUCCCAUAAAUUAGGCUGGGUGUGAUGGCCUGUACCUGUAAUCUUAGCACUUGGGAGCUGGAAACCGGUGGAUCGGAAAUUUAAGGCCUUCCUUGGCUACCAGAGGAGUCAAGGGUGAAAAGGCCACUUUCUGCCUUUAAUAGGUCUUUAUUGUGAGUAGGGAGGCUGUAUGAGGCAAGACUCAUCAGAUAAAAAAGGUUCUUGCUGUGUAAGCCUCAAUUUAACUCUUAGGAUCCAGGUAAAGGUGGAAAGAAAGAGUUGACUUCACAAAAUUGUCCUCUGAUUGACAAGUGGGGUAUGGCAGGGACCAAAGAAAGCAGGUCCUGCAUGCCCACAGGCAUCGAAAAUAGUUUUAUACUGAAACACAGUAUAUGAAAUAUGGAACUCGGGGCUGGGGAUUUAGCUCAGUGGUAGAGCGCUUACCUAGGAAGCGCAAGGCCCUGGGUUCGGUCCCCAGCUCCGAAAAAAAAAGAACCAAAAAAAAAAAAAAAAAAAAGAAAGAAAGAAAUAUGGAACUCAUUUCGGUAUUUGGUACUGAGGACCUUGCACACAUGCAAGUUGUCUACCACUGAGUUAUGUUUCAGUGCCAUAAAAAGUCUUAAAAAUUAUAUACUAGUUAUAUAUAUUAUAUACUAGUUACACUAGAAUAUAGUGUCCUCUCCAGUUUUGUGUUAAUCAAAAGAUCUAAGGUUUUCUGAUAGAUGUAUGACUAUAAUCAGGAUAUUGGUGCCUGUGCUCUUCCUUGGAUGCUCUCUAGGCAUAUAUGGGAGGUGGUGUGUUGAAAAGAGCCCAGUUAUCUGUGAGUACAGCCAGCAUUUGGGGGGUAGAGGCAGGAGCAGCAGAAGUUCAAGGCCUAGGGAAAAGAGUCAUAUGUUCCUUAAAAGAUUUGGGCAGUGAAAGCAUUUCUAAUUUUCUAUCUAGUCACUUUUUUUUAUUUUUUUUUUAUUUUAUGUAUAUGAGUACACUGUCCCUGUCUUCAGACACACCAGCAGAGAGCAUCAGAUCUCAUUACAGAUGGUUGUGAGCCUCUAUAUGGUUGCUGGGAAUUGAACUCAGGACCUCUGGGAGAACUCUUAAUUGCUGAGCCAUCUCUUCAGCUUCCCUUAGUUUUGAAAAGUGGGGGCGGGUGUUCCAUGACAUACUUAUGGAGAUCAGGAACAACUUUGGGGGUGGGGGUCAUUCUCUUCUGUAACACUUGUUCUAGUGAUUGAACUCAGGUCAUUAGGGUUGUGGGACCUUUACCUGUUGAAUCAGCCUGAUACCCCCAUUUUCCAACUUUGAGGACUGGACCUAGAAGUUGGUAUGUUUGGAUUUUAUCAUCUUUUUUUUUUUUUUAAAUUCAUUAUAUAUAAGUACACUGUAGCUGAAGAGGGCAUCAGAUCUCAUAACAGAUGGUUGUGAGCCACCAUGUGGUUGCUGGGAUUUGAAUUCAGGACCUCUGAAAGAGCAGUCAGUGCUUUUUUUUUUUUUUUUUUUUUUUUUUUGCUUUUUUUCCGGAUCUGGGGACCAAACCCAGGGCCUUGCACUUCCUAGGUAAGCGCUCUACCACUGAGCUAAAUCCCCAGCCCCGCAGUCAGUGCUCUUAACCACUGAGCCAUCUCUCUCUACAGCCCCUGAACUGAGAUAGGUGUGCGCCAUCAUACCUAGCUGACAGUUUCAAUUUUUUUAAGAUUUAUUUGUUACAUAUUAAUUACACUGUCUAUGUCCUCAGACACACCAGAAAAGGGCAUCAGAUCUCAUUACAGAUGGUUGUGAGCCACCAUGUGGUUGCUGGGAUUUGAACUCAGGACCUCUGGAAGGGUAGUCAGUGCUCUUAGCCGCUGAGCCAUUUCUCCAGCCCCGACAGUUUCAUUUUUAAUGUGUAUGUGUUUUUACUUUUUGCAGUGUUGGCGUGGAAUUCAGGGCCUCUUACAUGUUAGGCAAACACUGAGCUGCAUUCCAGUUUGGCAAGCUUUCUGCUGAUGAGCUACACUCCUAGCCCAAAUUUGGGAAAGUGUGUUGUGCUGGUUUGGGGGUUUUUUGUUUUUGGUUUUUUUUUUCUGUGGUGGUAGUACACUGGAUUGGACCCCAAAACCCAUGUGCUAUGCCACUGAGCUGUACUCUGGCCUUCUUAAUGUCUUUUGUGUAAAGUGGUGUAAAAUAAAGUUUUGUGUAUAAUUUCACAGGUGGGUAUGUGGCAUGUGUCUAUAAUAUGUCACUGAAGGAGAGACAGUAGAGGCUAUUGCCUGGAGUUUGAAGACAGUCUAGUUUAUAUAAGGUAUAAUAAAAUCCAUGCUACCCUGGACCAGAGAGUGAGACCUGGGCUGAAGAAUUUAAAAAAAAAAAAAAAAAAAAAAAAAGGCUAGACCUUUGAGAUGACUUGAUGAAUAAAGGCACUUCCCACCAAGUCUGACAACCUGUUUGGUCCCAAGACUGACAUAGUGACUGGAGGGAAUUGACGUAUGUAAGUUGUCCUCUGUCCCUGUCUCCCUGCUACAAACACUGAAUAGAGGUGGUUGCAGAAGAAAGAUAGUCACAUGCUUGAGACCAACCCAGGCUACAGAGUUGAGAUCCUGGCACAGAAAAGCAGCAUGGUGUGUUGUGUGUGUGCAAGGCUCUGGAUUUAAUCUGCAGCAACCAAUUCUGCACCCCCAUCUAGACUCCAAAAAGACACAAAAACCAAAUUAUUACUCAUGCUAGAUGUGUGUGUGUGUGUGUGUGUGUGUGUGUGUGUGUGUGUUGCACAAAUUCCUGUUUUUCAUUGAGAUUUUGCAUCUGGAAAGCAUUUGUUUCAUGUACAGCCAAAUAAUGAGCCAACUAAAACCAGUUUAGAAAUAAGAGUGGCAGGGGGUUGGGGAUUUAGCUCAGUGGUAGGUAGAGCGCUUGCCUAGCAAGCCCAAGGCCCUGGGUUCGGUCCCCAGCUCUGAAAAAAAGAAAGGGGGAAAAAAAAAAAGAAGAGUGGCACUUGUACCAUAAAUCAUAAAUGCCUUCACUUUAGUUUUAUUAUUGACAUGUUUGUCAAUUACUAUAGAAAAGACAUCUUGGCUUGUCUUUGUUUUCUGUUCAGGGUUUAUUGAUCAGAUUGGUCAUUCCCUAAAAGGCUUGCAGCUUUGUAUUUUUUUUUUAAAGAUUUAUUUAUUUUAUGUAUAUGAGCGCACUGUAGCUGUCUUGAGACACAGCAGAAGAGGGCAUCAGAUCCCAUUACAGAUGGUUGUGAGCCACCAUGUGGUUGCUGGGAAUUGAACUCAGGACCUCUGGAAGAGCAGUCAGUGCUCUUACCCGCUGAGCCAUCUCCAGCCUGCAGCUUUGUAUUUUUAUGAUUUGCACAGGACUCAGAAUUCCAAUUUCCUGUCUAAGAGGAAAUAGAAACAAUGCUUUGGGGAUUUCAAGGAAAGAAUUUGGUUAGAUGGAGUUAGCUUUAUGAGGGAAGUACCAUGUAAAGUAGGUCUUGAAGAAAAGGUUUUGACAGAUGAAUACAAUAGGGAAGUGGGUUCUUAAAACUUUAGGGAAGGCAUUCUAAGGAGUGACAUUUAAACUAAAAAAUAGCUGUGUGGGGUAGCUCAUCCCUGUAAUUUCAACACUCAGGAGGCCAGGGCAAGGAUUGUAAGGGUUUGAGCUCAGCCUAGGUAGGCUACAGUGAAACCCUAUCUGGAAAAAGAAUAGCCAAGCAUUGCAAUGUUUACUUGUCAUCUUGGUUCUUAGUAGGCUGUGGCAAGAGAAUUCCUGGGGCUAUGUUAUAGAUUGAGUUCUAGUUAGCCUAGGUUGAAGUAAGACCCUGCCUAAACAUCUAAAAAUAAUGUGUUGGGAGGUAUUUAUCUAAAAUAAAAUAGGUGUGUGUUGCCAGGAUAUUUGAUCACAUUGUGAGCCCCCAAGAUUUGUGUUAUUUCCUGGAAAAAAAACUUUGUAGUUGUGUGGCUCAGCCCCAGCACACACAUGUAUCAUCCAAGAACUCUGCUUGGAUACUGUAGACAGGAUUCAAUAAAGUCAUUCAUAGGGGAAGAAGCUGAGCAGGUGACCAGUUGACAGCAAGUGAAUAUGAGAUUAAGAAAAAAACACAUGAGAGUAAGGGGGAGUUAGAAUGGAUAGAAAGACGUACUAGAAGUAGGUGAGUCUACGUUGAGGGGAUUCAUUCUAGGAUGUCAGGUGCUUUCCCUGUUUCUGAGCUAGCAAGCUUUCACUCCAGCAGGGUAAAAUCAAACAGUCGAGAUUUUGUUUAAAAACAACAGGUGUGAAUGUCUAUAAUUCCCAGCAUUUGAGAAGCUCUGGCAGAAGCAGUUCAAAGUCAGUCUGCUAUAUCAGUGAACCAACCACUGGCUCUAAGACAAAGUGUGGAAAGAGGCAGGGAGAAAGGGGUGGUAGUAGUUGUGGUUAUUGGAAAUAUGUAUCUAAUACCUUAAGUCUGAAGUCACCACCUCUCCAAUUUGUUAUAGAACUUUACAGUGUAGAUCCCCAGACUGAGUUCAUACUUACGUAGUAAGUCUUCAGAUUCUUUUAUUUAUUUAUUUAUUUUUUAUUUUAUGUAUAUGAGUGCACUAUAACUGCCUUCAGACACACCAGAAGAGGGCAUCGGAUCCCAUUACAGAUAGUUGUAAGCCACCAACCAUGUGGGUGCUGGGAAUUGGACUCAGAACCUCUGGAAAAGCAGUCAGUGCUCUUACCCGCUGAGCCAUCUCCCCAGCCCUUCAGAUGAUUCUUUCUGUAAUUAUUUUGUUGAAAGUUUUCUAUUCUGUCCAAGAUUUUACUUUCUUACCUCUGUUAUAGGUUUUCCCCACUGGAUAAUAUUUGCAUUUACUACACCAGUUUUGUUAUUUCAGUUUCCUGCUUGUGACUUUGUUUUGUUUUGUUUUGUUUUUUCUUUUCUUUUCUUUUUUUUGGAGCUGGGGCCCGAACCCAGGGCCUUUUGCUUGCUAGGCAAGCACUCUACCACUGAGCAAAAUCCCCAAGGCCCCCCUUUUUUUAAUCACAAGAAGCCUUGCACUGGAAAUUUGUUAAUUUAGGGUACUAUGCUAGGAUUUGAAGCUAUAGCCUUUUGCUGUCUGGCAACUAUCACAGGCCUGAAUGCACUAUAGGCUUAUGGGAUGUGUGCUUUUGGCUUAUAGUUAUUCUUGUGGCAGUCUUUAUCUCUAGUUUCUUGUAGGUAGCUAGGUGGUUGGUUGGGUUUUUUUUAUUAUUUUAUGUGUACAUGUAUAAUUGGCACGUAUAGGAGCCUGUUGAGGCCAGAAGAGGGAGUCGAGUGAGAGCCCCUGAAUUGGAGUUAACAAAUGAGUUUGUGAGCUGUCAUGUGAGCAGCCAGUCCUCUUAUUGCUCAGCUAUCUCUUCAGCCCCCUGGUGUUCUGGUUUUGAGACAGGAAGUUUAUUGCAGGCUUGCCUCAGAUUUACUUCCUUAGUCUCCUGACUGCUAGAAUUACAGCCAUAGUGCGCUACUUCUGAGAUGUCUAUAUUCUGGAGCCACUAUUGAUCAAGGCCUGCUUGUGCAUUUCAACAUUUUUCUUGUGCAGAAGUGAAAUUUUUAAAUUAAAAUUCAUUUAUGUAUAUGAGUACACCUUAGCUGUCUUGAGACACACCAGAAGAGGGCAUCAGAUCCCAUUACAGAUGGUUGUGAGCAACCAAGUGGUUGCUGGGAUUUGAACGCAGGACCUCUGGAAGAGCAGUCAGUGCUCUUAACCACUGAGCCAUCUCUCCAGCCCCAAAAGUGAAUUCUUUUUUUUUCUUUUUCUUUUUCUUUUUUCUUUUUUCAGAGCUGAGGACUGAACCCAGGGCCUUGCGCUUGCUAGGCAAGUGCUCUACCACUGAGCUAAAUCCCCAACCCCCAAAAGUGAAUUCUUAAUGCACUGAUUUUCAGAUAACUAUCCUUCAGUUAAAGACACUGUAUAAUGAAGAAUUAGGACUUGGAUGCAGCAGAAUUUCAAACGAGUUAGCCCUGGCUGCCCUGGAACUCACUCUGUAGAUAGACCAGGCUGGUCUUGAACUCAGAGAUCUGCCUGCCUCUGCCGCCUGAGUUCUGAGAUUAAAGGUUUGUACCACCACACCCUGCUAAUGCUUAAACUCUUAACCAAUACUGGGGUUGGAGAGAUGGUUCAGCAGUUAAGAGGUCUUGUUGUCCUUUUGUGGGAUUGGUUCCCAGUGCAGUUGUGAGGUGGCUCACAAUCACAUGUAAAUCCAGCUCCAGGAGAUCCUUUUCCUGGUCUCCACAGGCAAACCCACCUAGAGAUCCUAAUUAACAAAACAAAACCCAACUCCCUACUGGGGAAAUGCCAGUAGUUAAGAGCACCGGCUGUACUCCCAGAAGACCUGGGUUCAAUUUCUAGCACUCGCAAGGUGGCUUAUACCAUGUCUGUAACCACACUUCUGGGAAUACAAUGCCCUCUUUUGGCCUCCUCAGGUGCUGCAACAUAGCUCCUGCCUGUUUAAAUUCCAAGGGGGGCGGGGGGAGCCAGGGCAGGAAAAGAAAUUUUCUAUAAAUUUGGAUCUAGGCUGGUCUACAAAGAGAAGUUCAGGCCAGAAAUACAUAAGAUCCCAGCUAAAACAAAACACAAGAACUAUCUCCAUCAAAAUUUCUAAUCUUUCUGUUUUCUGACCCCUCAAAACAACUUUAUGCUUCUAAAUAGUAAUAUAAAUUUAUAACUCAGAUUUUUUCACUGUCAUGGGACUGGUAUAAAAUUAGUUUUUAUACCUCCAGAAGUACUGCUUGGUAGCUCUCAGUCAGAAUCCAAGAGUUCCACAUAUACAAUAACUAUUUGUGUAGUAUUUAUACUGCAGAUAUAACAGGUAAACUAGAGAGGAUUUAAAAUACACAGGAUACUGUUAGUAGGUUCCAUGCAUAUUCUGUUUUCUGAGACCUAUCUGCCAGUUUUAUUCCAUAGUAGUCACUGAAUGAUAACUGUGUCCUGUUUUCAGAUAAUUAUCCCUGGACGCAGCUGAAUACACAGCUCUUAACUGCAGAACACCUCCAACCGCAGUAUUGGUUGUUAUGCAAAAAGAGCCUGUACUUCACUUGUUAAAGAGUUCAGGGACCAGGGCUGAAGAGACGGCACAGUGGUUUUUUUUUUUCCGAGAAAGGGUCUCUCUGUAGUCCUGACCUCACAGAGAUCUUCCUGCCUCUGCCUCUGCCUCCCAAGUGCUAAGAUUUAUUUCUAUUAUUUGUAAUUAUAUGUAGGUAUGUGUCUGUAUGUACAUAUGUCUAGGUGCCUGAGGCAACAGAGGCCUCCCGCUUGGAACUAGAGUUAACAUUUGUGAGCCUAACUUGGUCUCCUGUAAGCAGCAGCAAAUGCUCCAACCUACUGAUUAAUCUCUCCAGGCCCUAGAAUUAGAUUUCUCAAGCUGUACAGAAGCAGGUGUCCUAGAAGUUCAUAAGUAGCCCUCACUGUUUCUGACCAGAGUUCAGCCUUGGGCCUUGGGUGUAAUUUCUCAGAUGCCUUCUGCCUUGUUUUUUGUUUUUUUGUUCUUUUUAGGUACUUUCCCUGGUGCUCACUUAGUGGGCCAGGCUGCCUGACUGCCCAGCAAGCCCUAGGGAUUGACCUGUGUCUCUCCUUUGCCCUGAAGUUAGAAGCACACGUCCUAGAGUUGGAAGGAUUCUGGAGAGCCAAGUCAGGCCCUAAUGGGUGCAUGAUAAGAACUUUACCAAAAUGAAGGUGCCUACUCUUCCCCUAGCUUAUGUUUUCUGUGCUAACAAUAAAAGCUACGUUUACACUGGCUUCAUAGUUACACCUUUUCUAUUUCUUUAAAUAGUUUAUACAAUCUUCAGAGGCAAAACAAAAUGCUUAAUUUUGUGUCUGAUACACAUAUACACACAAAGUAAAUCAGUAAAUUACAGUAUACACUUAUUAGUGCUAAGUGUAGUACACAGUCAUAAUCCCACCUACUGUGGAAGCAGAGGCAGGAGGGUUGCAAUUCUAAAAGAACUGGGCUAGUACUGAAAUGAGAAAAGCAAGCAUUAUUUCUCAUGUAAGUAGUGUGUCAGUCAGGGUUCUCUAGACUCACAAGAUUUAUGGACUGUGUCUGUCUAGUAAGUGAAUUUAUCAUAACGACUUACGGUUUGACGACCAGCUAACCCAACAGUGGGCAGCUGUGCAUGGGAAGUCCAAGAACGCAGUGGUUGCUCAGUCCCAUGAGGCUCGUUGUUUAAGCGGUCCUCUGUAUAAGCUGGAAUCUUGAAGUAGGUUCCAACAGAUGUGCUGGCAAGUAAGCAGGUGAGGAAGAGUGAGCCUUCCUUCUUCCCUUGUCCUUAUAUAGGCCUCCAGCAGAAGGCAUGGCUCAGAUUAAAGGUUUGUACCACAAAGCCUGGAUUUGGAAUUUGUUCUUUCCCAGGCUGACCUUGAACUCAGGGAUCUGCUUGCCUUGGUCUCCUGAGAUUAAAGGUGUGUGCUACCUUGCCUGGGACUAAGCUUUUCAUCACAAGUAGUAAGUUUUAUUUAUUGUGUUUAUGCAUGUAGAAGUGAGAGACCAGAUCAUGGUUAUAGACUCCAUCUCAGAGAAUCUGACCUAAGGUUGAAUGCAAGUUACCUAACAAACUGGCACAUAGCACCACUUUCCAGGUUACUCCCCAACAAAUCUGUACCUCCAAAGUUACAAGCCAGCCCUUGGCACUUCACUGCCUAACAACCAUCAAUCAGGAGGAAAGCAAAGGUUAAGUUUAUGGUUUGGCUCCCAGCACCAGCCAAUUAUGUUAAAGGCCAUACUGCCCCUCCCCCCCAAUCAGAUGUGUACCAGGCUGGAAGCCCUAUGCUUGUUUGUUUGCUUCUAAAUGCUUGCCUGAAACUGCACUCAGGGUUCCACCUUCCUGUUGGCAGGGAGCUCAAGCUUGUAAUAGAGAGACCCUAAUGCAAUUGCUUCAGAACUGGCUCCUUGGUGGUCUUUUGGGGUUCCCGUCACAACAGAAGUACAUAUACAUGCUGCAGUGUCACCCUUCACACCAGAAAGCUGGCGGGUACUAUGGGGAAAAAGCAAAACAAAAAGAAAGUGGAAGAGGUACUAGAAGAAGAGGAAGAGGAAUAUGUGGUGGAAAAAGUUCUUGAUCGGCGAGUUGUCAAGGGCAAGGUGGAAUAUCUUCUAAAGUGGAAAGGUUUCUCAGAUGAGGACAACACUUGGGAGCCAGAAGAGAAUCUGGAUUGCCCUGACCUUAUUGCUGAGUUUCUACAGUCCCAGAAGACAGCUCAUGAGACGGAUAAAUCAGACGGAGGCAAGCGCAAAGCUGAUUCUGAUUCUGAAGAUAAAGGAGAGGAAAGCAAACCAAAGAAGAAGAAAGAAGAGGCUCUACCCAUCUGGUUUUUACAGUCAGAAAAGCCACGAGGCUUUGCCCGGGGUCUGGAGCCAGAGCGGAUUAUUGGAGCUACUGACUCCAGUGGAGAGCUCAUGUUCCUGAUGAAAUGGAAAAACUCUGAUGAGGCUGACCUGGUCCCUGCCAAGGAAGCCAAUGUCAAGUGCCCACAGGUUGUCAUAUCCUUCUAUGAGGAAAGGCUAACGUGGCAUUCCUACCCCUCAGAGGAUGAUGACAAAAAAGACGACAAGAAUUAGCCCUGUUGAGUACCAGCCCCUGUCACCUCUGACUGUGGGUUUCCAGGGGGAGGGAAGGAGCUGUACUUGUCUUGACACCAUUGAGGUGGCUUGAGAAGAUGUCCUUUGAAGAGCCAGCAUAGUUUCUGUGUCCUGCAGCAGCCCAAGUGCUUUAAAUUGUUCACACUGUAUAGUUUGCACACCCAUCCCAGGGGAGGGGAAAGGGUAAGUGUUUCAAGGCUCUGUUCUGCGCUUUACUAAGGAAGGAACAGGCCUUCCAUGGAGGACAGAACCCGCAGAACUGGGAUGUGGGAAAGCAAAGAUACUGUCGAUCUUCAAAGAGCAUCUCCACAACCCACUGCCUUCUUCCCAAUAGUGUUAACUGCAUUUUUACAGCCUAGCAUGUGUGUAGUUUUUUGGCUAUUACUGGUAUAUUAAUUGGGGGUGGGAGGGUUGGGGCAGGGAGGAAGGGAGAUGGGUAGAAUCAUUUUGAUUAAAAUUUGGAGCCUGAUUGGGGAAAUGGUGAAACAGUAGAACAGUUAACUAAUAAAUUGGUUCUAUGUCCAGAAUAUUUUGCCUUUUCAAAAAAUUGUCAUUGGCACCAUAAAUAAGGACUAUGAGAGACUGUUUAAAAAAAAAAAAAAGAAAA